AUGGCCGAGUUACAUAGUAUUUUUCAAGAAAAUGCAAGCCCAAGCGCUGCUUCAGCAUUCACGUAUUCACAAUCGCCCACAGUGGGAUCCACAUUUGCUCGAUCCGGGAAGUUGAGAGCGAAAGCUUGCAGUUCUUCAUCGCGCCUUCUUCUUCUCCUGGCAACCAUAGCCUCUGUCUCAGCUGUUGCAGCGCUUGUCCUUUUCUGUUCGCGUGUUUCACAGAGACAUGCUUUUCGGGAACUUCGGAGCCGAAGGCUGUCUCACGCAGAUGGCAAGGAUACACCAUUUAAAAUUUGCCAUGGCUCUACUGACGAAGAGGACCAGCUGGAACAAGAGGAUCCGCAUUUUCCUAAUUCUCCUGCUGGCCGGGAGAGGCAGCUGCCCCUCAAGAAGAGGAUGUUGGCACGGGCUUUUGAAACUGGUAUCAGUGCUGAGGACCGUAAUCCCCAGCAACAAGAACAGCAACAGCGUCUCAGUGAACCUGCUGUAGGGCACGUAGGUUUUGCACCAACGUAUACUGCUUCAAGUAGGGAGCAGCUUCACCUUUCGUCUCUCUCCGUUCCCGGCACGGUGCCAUCAACUGUGGUGCAGAACCCUCCAGAGGUCGGUGCAACGACAGAAGUGCUGAAUGCCUCCCUUCUUCAGCAUCGUACUGGGAAUGUGGAUUUAGGUGAACUACAAGGACGCUCCUUGUAUGGGUGGAAACUGCAGCAUCCGCGGCCAAGUGCCCAGGUGCGGUGGCAGCCGUAUUCGCUGCAGAACCCGCGGCAACAGCAAAAGCAGCAGUCACAACUCCAUGAACAGGAUGAGGGAAAUGAGCUGUAUAUGCAGGACUAUCACAUGCGUUGGCAAUACCUUCCUUGGCAGCAGCAACACAUGCAGCGGUCUUUGGUUGAACAACACCAGCAAUCGCAGGUAGGCGAGUAUCCGUCGUUACUUCAGCAGAGAGAGUAUCAGUUUCUGCUUCAGCAACGAACACAAUACGAGACUUAUAAGCAGCAGCAGCAUAUAUACUUGCAAGACAUGCAAUGGCAGCAGCAGCCACAGCAGCAGUCUUUGAUUCAACGGGAAACCCAGCUUCAGCCUUUUUUGCAACAUCCGGAGGGGCAUCAGCCUUUGCAUCAGCAGCGACAGCAUGAGUAUUCGCUCCAACAGCAGGAGCAGCGGCACUCCACAAAGUCACAGGAGCAGACGCUGCUACAAACGAAUGAACUCCAACAGGUACUCCAGGACCACAAGAUGCAGCAGGCAGUGCAACAGGAGGAUCAGCAGAGGAAGCCGCAUGAUGAGCACGAACUACCACGUGAGAAAACGACAAGCAAGUGGGAACAGCAAGGGAAGCUCCAGCCACCGGUCCUACAGGAUGAGCCUUCACAGUACCACCUUCAACCCGUAGAAGCGCUUAUGGGGUCUUUGACGGAAGAUGAAUGGAUUGCCCAGGACUUUCCAAGGCCCGAGCCUCCUCAGCCCAGCACAUCUCAGCAGGAAUUUGAGUCAUCUACGGCUGCGGGAGCAGGAGACCCCACGCUGUCAGGGGUCAAGCAGGUAUUUCAUGGACCUCCGCUAGCUCACACUGGAGCGUCGCGUGCACAUGCUGCAGCUGUGGCUUCAAGGGAUGAAGCGAAUGUGGCUCCUGCAUCGGCGGCUGCAGCAGCAAGCACGGGGUCCGGGUUUGAAUGGUCUGGCGCUUUCCCGCAUUCUACUGCAUGGACGACAGCUGGAGGAGGCAGCACUGGGGACGGGAAAAUGAUUUCAUCAUCGCUAACUGACAGGAAUCGUACAGAUGCAGCAACAGCGGCAGGUGCUGGUAUGGCAGCUGGAGGUGCAGCAGGGGAAAGCACAACCAUUCCCCCAUAUGCACCGCUCCGGGCAAUCACUAUGCUGCUAGACAUGCCUCGUACUGUCGGUGGCCUGCUACAACACCCGUUUGUGCGUCUUCCGAAGGUGUUGGUGACGAGGUCUCUGCCUUUCAUUAAAAUUGACUUCGAGCGCGCCAUCUACAGUUCGCGAGGCCCAUGGAGCGCCUUGACAGCGCUGCAGAGGGCGCAAGAAUUCCUGUCGCAGGAAGUUUUAGAUGAAACUCAGCUGGUGGACCUAGCACAAGUGGCAGGAGAUCUAGUGAGCAAUGCAAUUCACUAUCAACGUCAAAACGUAGCAAAACAUCAGACCUACCGUGCAGUUGUGCGUCUGGGAACCCGUUUCUUGUUGCUGGACGCCGUUGUCUCCACCUUGAUCGUCCUGGAUCAGACUCCAGACCCUUUUCAUUGGAGGGAGUUCACCGAGUCCAUUGGGCACGCCGCCCCGCAGCCCAUCAUAACGGCAAACUAUCCCCCACGAGCGGGUUUCACCUUAUAUCUGGCUCAGGAGCUCAGUAGGGGAAUGCGAAUACUGAAGAGGGGAACGAGGCCACUUCCAUAUGACCUAGUGAAGAUCAAACGGAUGUUGUUCUGUUCCUAUUUAUCUCCUGCGCGUUUCAGAGACCCGGAGUUCGAUCCCUGGAGGUUGGAAGACAGAGCACCCCGCGAUUGGUCGUAG